ACCAUGAAUUAAAAUUAAGUUUCAUGGAUUUAAUUAAUUUUAAAUAAAAGCAGUGUGGUCAAUCAUAGCAUAUAUACACAAUUGUUUUAAGUAAAUCAUGGAACAAAGUGAAUAUUACUGCUGCUACAUGAAUUUUGGAUACUAAAAAGAUAAAUUUAAGCACGAUUUAUAGAUUUGCGAUUUUUUCUUUCAAAUCGGUUUGCUGCGAUAUAUACAUGAACAUCAUAACAAAAUUGACCGUCAAUUUGGAUGUGAUGAUAAGCGGAUAAGGUCAUAAGCGUGUUCAAUCCGUUGUUCCAUAUUUUCACUCUAUUGACAAGUAACAACAAUCGGAUUCUUUGUUGUUUCAACACCGUCAAGAAUUCAAAAAGAUUUUUGUUGUCACUUUAUUUUCGUCGAUUGCUUAAUUGAAUCGAAUGCUGAAUUCGAAUCAGGUGGUGAAGCGUGUUGCUACUUUUGAUUUUCCAAAAAUGGAAUCACUUACUGACCAGUUCAAACUACAUAUUUGUACUCGGUCUGAUUAUAAUUGCCAAAUGGGAAUAAUUCUAUUUCGUACGACUGGUGAAGUGUUGACUUGGUGGCAGUGUGUUGUUCAUGAGUGAAUACCGGCAAUUGUGUUUUUUUACUCGUGACUCAGAUUAGAGACAGAAGGAGAGUGAGCAAAAAUGCAUUAAAAUCGUCACGAGUUCGAAUCUCGUUAUAUUUUUCCAAAUUUGAGCAUAAAUCGUUUGUUUUUUGUUUAUAUAUUUUGCGGUGGGAAUUUAAUUGCGCCAUAAUUAUUUUAAUUGAACUGCAUACUACUUUUCGACGUUUUGUGUAAAGUCCAGAUCAUAUUGGUGUUGUUUUCAUCGGUUUUCCGUGUUUAAGUGCUUAAGAUUACAAUCAUAAAUUUUGUUUAGUGUAAAAUUGUGUUUAAAUGAAAAGAAGCGCCCACAGACUUGAUUUUUGUUGUUGUUAUAAAUCAGUUGAAAAGCAUUGUGCAUGAAAGAGAGAUAGAGAAAGUUGUGAAGAACUUAAAUUUGUAUAAGAAAACGUGAGUGGAAUCAUCCAUAAUGCAGGAUAAAGAGUUGUUUAACGGUGUUACUGGAAGAUAUACGGAUUGCAUGGACGAGAAUGGUAUUGUGAAGAAGAAUGGCGUUGACACGGAGAAUGCAUCAAAAAGCGAUUCACUGCGGCCACCUGGUUUUGGCAUUCGACAUUUGCAGAUAUUAUUAUUGUUCAGUGGACUUUUCAUGUCAUAUGCAUUGCGUGUUAAUAUAUCAGUUGGAAUUGUUGCAAUGGUAGAUAAAUCAUCACCGAAUACAUAUAACUGGGACAAAAAACAACAAGGGCUGAUAUUGAGUAGCUUUUUCUGGGGCUAUCUUCUGGCACAAAUACCUCUCUCUGAGCUUGCAAAACGCUUUGGUGGAAAACUAUUGUUAACCAUUGCAUCAAUUGUGUGCGCCGUUUUGACCGUAUUGACACCUUGGAUGGCAUCAAUCGAUUGGAAAAUGAUGUUACUCUCGCGUGCACUUCAAGGUCUAUUUCAAGGUGCUUACUAUCCAUGCGUGCAUACAUUACUUUCCAAGUGGGUGCAUCCAAUGGAACGUGGCACUCUCACAACAAUUACAUAUUCAGGCACCCAAGCGGGUAGUGUUGUAAUGCUCGCUGUAAGCGGUUUAUUUGCAUCGUCAACAAUGGGAUGGCCGAGCAUAUUCUACUUUAGCGGCGGUGGUACACUUAUUUGGACAGUAUUUUGGGUGUUUUUUGGUUCAAGUUCGCCGGCUGAAUGCACACGAAUUUCCAUCGAUGAAAAGAAAUUCAUUGAAUCAAUGCCCGGCUCCAGUCAUUGUCAAUUAAAAACACCAUGGUCAAGCAUAUUACGAUCGGUACCAGUCAUUGCACUCAUUAUUGUUCAUGCGACUCAAUGUUGGGGAUUUUGGUCCUUGUUAACCGAAACGCCAUCAUAUUUGGUGCAAAUUUUCAAAUUCGACAUAAAAACGAAUUCACUAUUAUCUGCUCUACCAUAUUUGGCGAUGUGGCUCGUUAGCUUAGCGGUUUGUCCAUUAUCCGAUUAUCUCAUCAAUCAUGGACACAUUGGAAUUACAAAUGGUCGCAAAUUAUUUAAUUCACUCGGACAUUGGAUUCCAGCAUUGUCGCUUAUCAUUUUACCCUUUUUAAAAGAUCCAACACAUGCCAUUGUCAUGCUAACUAUUGCCAUCGGAAUGAAUGGUUUCACGUAUUGUGGAUAUAUUUGUAAUCACAUGGAUUUAUCGCCAAAUUUUGCCGGCGGUUUAAUGGGAUUGACAAAUACUUUGGCAAAUAUUAUGAGCAUUUUGGGUCCACUUGCAGUUGGAUAUAUCCUCACCGACGACAAUGAUAUCGAUGUAAAAAUGAGCGAAUGGAAAAGCAUCUUUUUUAUUGCGGCAGCAUUCUUUUUCUUGGGUAAUUUAAUAUUUGUGAUAUUUGGAAAAGCGUCAAUUCAACCAUGGAACGAUGAGAUUGAACAACAACAAAAACUGCCUCAACAACAAGUACAAACGACCGCAGUCCACCAAGAUGACGAAAGACUUGGUUCCCAUAUAAAUAUCAUCAGAGUUAAUAGCUGCGACAAAUGAGCCUAUAAGUGAAUUUGUAACGAAACCAAAAAAAAUAUUUAUAAGUAAUUUGUAGUCUCUUAGAUAUUUCAAAUAUAAUAGAAAUGUCAAGUUUUAUCACAAAUCGUGACAUAUUCGAAUAAUAACA